UAAAACUCCACUCCUCUUCCCAGCCUCUCAACCACUUUCCUUCCGGAGCCUCCCAGGUAAGCCUGUGUUUUGUCCCCUACAGCCUGGGAACGCCAGCCCCAGGAGGAGCCCACCCAUCAACCUGAACCACUAUGCCACCGAGAAGAGCGUGGCAGAGAGCAUGCUGGACGUGGCCCUCUCUGUGUCUAACGCCACGCAGCUGAAAGCGGUGCUGAAGCAGGGGCCGUCCUCUCAUCACUACACCACCCUCGUCACCCUCAUCAGCAUCUCUCUGCUUCUGCAGGUGGUCAUUGGAAUCCUCCUCAUGGUCAUUGCUCGACUGAACCUCAACGAGGUAGAAAAGCAGUGGCGACUAAACCAGCUCAACAAUGCAGCCGCCACCUUGGUCUCCAUCACCGUCGUCAUCAACGUCUUCAUCAAGGCCUUCGGGGCACAUAAGACUGGGUUCCUGGCUGCCAGGACCUCAAGGACCCCUCUCUGAACACAGCCUAGAAGGCAGGUGAGGGAGGAUGGGAGGUCCCCAGGUGGCACUUCUCACCUCUGGGGCUUUGGGCUGGGAGAGAGAGAGCCUUGCCAAGCAAAAGGGGAAGACCUGGGGCAGGGACGGGCUCUUGGAGAAGAGCUUGGCUUGGGACUCCCCAAGGUCCCCUUGUGCUCUCUCUUCUUAGGCUGGGCUUCUCUCCAGCCUGGGCUGGGUGGAGGCUGUGGUUAGUGGGGGGAAGAGGGAGAUGUGGGUUUUCUCUUUGGCACUGUCCAGCAGCCCCUACAGCUCCAAUCGUGGUCCACGGGCCAGCAGCGUCAACAAAACCACUGGGAA